CCCUCCCGUAGUGACAGAGCUUCUGGGUCUGUGAUCAGGACUGAUUCUGCACCUCGCGCUCCAGCAGUUGUGCUUCUAGCACGUUGUAUUAAUUGCUGUUGGCUGGGCUGUUCAUCAGUAAACCAUAAAGCUCCUAGAUGUUCAAGGACUGUGUCUCUACUGUUGUGUCUUCAGCACCAGAAUACUGAAGUACAUGGUAAAUUAACAUGAUGGAUUUUUCCAAGCUACCCAAAAUACUUGAUGAAGAUAAAGAAAGCACAUUUGGUUAUGUGCAUGGAGUCUCAGGACCUGUGGUUACAGCCUGUGACAUGGCAGGCGCAGCCAUGUAUGAGCUGGUGAGAGUGGGCCACAGCGAGUUGGUUGGAGAGAUUAUUCGAUUGGAAGGUGAUAUGGCCACUAUUCAGGUGUAUGAAGAAACAUCUGGUGUGUCUGUUGGAGAUCCUGUACUUCGCACUGGUAAACCCCUCUCGGUGGAGCUUGGUCCUGGCAUUAUGGGAGCCAUUUUUGAUGGUAUUCAAAGACCUUUGUCGGAUAUCAGCAGUCAGACCCAAAGCAUCUACAUCCCCAGAGGAGUAAAUGUGUCUGCUCUUAGCCGAGAUAUCAAAUGGGAUUUUACACCUUCCAAAAACCUACGGGUUGGUAGUCAUAUCACUGGUGGAGAUAUUUAUGGAAUUGUCAAUGAGAAUUCACUCAUCAAACACAAAAUCAUGUUGCCCCCACGAAAUAGAGGAACUGUGACUUACAUUGCUCCACCUGGAAAUUAUGAUACCUCUGAUGUUGUCUUGGAACUUGAAUUUGAAGGUGUAAAGGAGAAGUUCAGCAUGGUCCAAGUGUGGCCUGUACGUCAAGUGCGGCCUGUCACCGAGAAGCUGCCAGCCAAUCAUCCUCUGUUGACUGGCCAGAGAGUCCUCGAUGCCCUUUUCCCGUGUGUACAGGGAGGAACUACUGCUAUCCCUGGGGCUUUUGGCUGUGGAAAGACAGUGAUAUCGCAGUCUCUAUCCAAGUAUUCCAACAGUGAUGUAAUCAUCUAUGUAGGAUGUGGUGAAAGAGGAAAUGAGAUGUCUGAAGUUCUCCGGGACUUCCCAGAGCUCACAAUGGAAGUUGAUGGUAAGGUAGAGUCAAUUAUGAAGAGGACAGCUUUAGUAGCCAAUACCUCUAAUAUGCCUGUUGCUGCUAGAGAAGCCUCUAUUUAUACUGGAAUUACGCUGUCAGAAUAUUUCCGUGACAUGGGCUAUCAUGUCAGCAUGAUGGCUGACUCUACCUCUAGAUGGGCUGAGGCGCUUAGAGAAAUUUCUGGUCGUUUAGCUGAAAUGCCUGCAGAUAGUGGAUAUCCUGCAUAUCUUGGUGCCCGUCUGGCCUCUUUUUAUGAGCGAGCAGGCAGGGUGAAAUGUCUUGGAAAUCCUGAAAGAGAAGGGAGUGUCAGCAUUGUAGGAGCAGUUUCUCCACCUGGUGGUGAUUUUUCUGAUCCAGUUACAUCUGCUACUCUUGGUAUUGUUCAGGUGUUCUGGGGCUUAGAUAAGAAGCUAGCUCAACGUAAGCAUUUCCCUUCUGUCAAUUGGCUCAUAAGCUACAGCAAGUACAUGCGUGCCUUGGACGAGUACUAUGACAAACACUUCACAGAGUUUGUUCCUUUGAGGACCAAAGCAAAGGAGAUUCUGCAGGAAGAAGAAGACCUGGCAGAAAUUGUACAGCUUGUGGGGAAGGCUUCUUUAGCAGAAACAGAUAAAAUCACCCUGGAGGUAGCAAAACUUAUCAAAGAUGACUUCCUGCAACAAAAUGGAUAUACUCCUUAUGACAGGUUCUGCCCAUUCUAUAAAACAGUAGGGAUGCUGUCCAACAUGAUUGCAUUUUAUGAUAUGGCCCGUAGAGCUGUUGAAACCACUGCCCAGAGUGAUAAUAAAAUCACAUGGUCCAUUAUCCGUGAGCACAUGGGAGAGAUCCUGUAUAGACUUUCCUCCAUGAAAUUCAAGGAUCCAGUGAAAGAUGGUGAGGCAAAGAUCAAGAGCGACUAUGCACAGCUUCUUGAAGAUAUGCAGAAUGCAUUCCGUAGCCUUGAAGAUUAGAACUGUGAUUUCUUUUCCUCCUUUGCCUCAGCAAGCUCAUAUGUGUAUAUUUUCCUAAAUUUCUCAUCUCAGACUCUUUGCUUCUCUAUUGUGCAGCUUUGAGACUAGUGCCUAUGUGUGUUAUCAUUUGUUUCCCUGUUUAUUUGGUAGGUCUUAUAUAAAACAAACAUUCCUUUGUUUUAGUGUUGUGAAGGGCCUCCCUGAUCCUUUGUCCAAAGUGGUGAAUGUAGUAAAUAUGAUAUAUAAUGGCUACACUACUGUAAACUUGUAUGUAGGGUGAUGACACUCCUUGUCAUAAGUUUGCCCUUUGCUCAUCUUCAUUAAAUUGUAAACAGGACUACUGCAUGUACUCUCUUUGCAGUGGAUUUGGAAUAGAAGGCCAGAUUUCUAUACCUUUUGACAGGUACUUUUUGAAAUGACUCAGUAUCUAUGAGAUAAGGUCAUUUGCAGCUUAGCAUUUUGCAAAGUAAUUGCUUUGCAGGAAAUAUUUACUUUUUAAAAACAUAAAUGAUUAAUGUUCCAAUUAUGCAUUGCUUCCCCGACAUAAAUCAGGAAUAUUUAUGGGAAACUGUUGGGAACUAUACUGUAUUAAAACAGGCAUUUGUGGGAUUCAGCACAAUAUGUGAAUCAGUAUCCUCAAAAAAGUGAAAAAAGAGCCAGGCGGUCAAACUUAGUUAGAUCAACAUUGUCUUGUUAAAGCAUAUUUUACUUUACUAGGAAAAAUUCAGUAUCAAGGACUAUUAUACACUGCAUUACUAGGAAAUUCUUUUUAAAAUUAUAUUUAAAACAAUCACUGAAAACUUGAUCCACAUCACACUCUCUUUUCUUCAAACAUCUUAGAAGCAUAAGCUUCUAAGAAUCAUGUGGCAGUGUGAUGGGCAGUCAUAUGCCAUAGAGAAGAUAUUUAGGAGUGGUUAAAGGUUGUUUGCACCUUUAAGGACCAGCUGGCCUGUAGAGAUUCUUGGGGCCAGAGUGGCAUUAUGUUUUUACAAAAUAAUGACAUCUGUUACAUGUUUGCAUGUUCAUUUACUUGUUGAAUUUUUGAACGGCCAGUUUACCAAUGGUAGAAAAUAUUACUUCUUUCAUGGGGUUUUUGAUUCACUGUUUCAAAAGGUUUCUCAGAAUAUCUAUGGCUACAGCAGCAUAACAGUUUCCAUUCUAUUUAGUAGGGAUGAAAUUCUUGUAUCUGCUGAUAACAGAAUCUGGGUCAUGUGGAAAAGAUCAUUUUAUCCUGUCUUUUAAGUAUAUGUUUAAAAAUAACCUCUGUGUUUGUAUAAGACGACACACUGUAGAAUAGCUCUGAGAGCAACGGGUUCCCGUUAACUCUUUCUGACCAAUAGUGCUGGCACCAUGGCUUCCUCUUUGGGAAGAAGAAGGGGGAUGUGAACAUGUUUAGCAAUCUCAAACACCCAAAUGUAAUAGCAUAAAUAAAUUGUUUAUUUUAUGCCUUGGUAUGUUAUUAUUUAAAUUUUUAGGUAGUGUAUUUCUUUUGAUCUAUUAAGGAAAGAUGCAAUCGGUAGAGAAUUCAAAUAUAGUUUUGUUUAAAUCUUUGCAGAUUGCAUGUUUUUACAGUGACCUGUUACCAAGGAAAGGUAUUCUUCCAUACUAGUUUUUUUAACCUUUCAAAAUACUGACAGAUAAAAAUUAUGCAAUGAUUUGUUGAGAUGUGGACUUAAUGGUGCUGCUUAAUCAGUUUGCUUCCAAUGUGGCCUCCUACCCAGAGGCCCUAAGACUAGUGGAAAUUAAACAAUUUCAAAAACUUCCUAUUCCUACAGUAAACCUACCAGCAAACUAGGAUUGUGAUAGUAAUGAAUGAUAUGAUGAAGAAAGUUUGACCAAAUUUGUUUUUGGUAUUUUGAAUUUGAGUCAUUCUUAGUCAUUUUGAGAAUGUUGAUGUGUGAGUGUGAAAAUGCUAGAGAAACUAUGCUCAGAUAUUCAUUGUAGGUCUCCCUUCACCUAUAUGUUGUAGAAUUUCAGAUUGGUCACUGAUCGUAUUUCUUUAGGAAGAAUGUGUUAAAUUACAACGAUCUUUUAAAACGAUGAUGCAGUUCUAUAUUUAUUGUGCUGUGCCUGGUCCUAAGUGGAGCCAGUUAAACAAGUUUCAUAUGUAUAUUUCCAGUGUUAAAUCUCACACAUUGUACCCUUUGGAACUUUCCUUCCAUCCUGAAGAGUGAAUUGAAGAGGCCAUAUAUAUUGCCUCCUUAUCCUUGAGAUUUCACUAUCUUUAUGUUAAAAGUUGUGUAUAAUUGUUAAAAAAUCUGUGAAAAAAUAAAACGUGGAUUUAAAUUAA